UGUCCCCUGGUCCCGUGGUAGGUUUGGGUCUUCGUUCCACGGAUUGGGCGCCUGAACUGUGGGACGUGGGCGUCGCAGCUGAGUGACGAUGCUGUCACAUGCGGGCCAGAUGCGAGUCACAGCGCGUGCCUAUUGUUGCGACGACACGGGGAGGGCCAAGGAGGAGAAGAAAUAUAGGAAGAGUAGCUGUGGAGAGAGGAGUGAGGAUGCAUAUUGAUAGCAAUUCAUCGAGUCUGCUGGAGGUGUGCUUAUGGCUGCCUUUCUUAGCCUCCUUCUGGCCGAUCCUGAGGAACCAGGAUGUCCCGCUUUCCCGCUUCUGCUUGCCGCCAUGUUGUUUUCAACACCACGCGGAAAAGCUUAGGCUUGCUGUCUUCUCUGCCCACCAUCUCAUCAAUCCCGCUAUGUCCAAUUCAGCUUCUACAAAGUGACAGCAGGAGCCUGUUCAGGACUAGUACAGGACCAGAGGGUCGAAAGGAGAAUCUGGGUUCCACGGCUUUCGGCUUCGGUGCAUUUCGGGAAAUACCUUCGGAGAUGUACAGAUACAUCUUGGUGCUCCUGGGAUCUAAGAAAGACCGGAAUUAACAUCAAGACGUACCCUACG